UAAUGAGGUAAAUAAGCAUUUCACAACCCAAGUUUAAUAUUAUCAAUUGUCCGCUUGGUAUCAAAAUACAGGAAGGUAAUCUCUUUUUUGUCUACUUUGUCAGAAGAAGAAUGCAAAAAGAUAGGGAUAACAAAAACUAGUUUAUGAUGAACGAUUUUACAUGAAAGUAUUUAAAUGCCUGAGAAUGUUUCCAGGUGUUGAAAACUAACACAAUGGUUCUUGUGAAGGGUUGUUUUCUCUUAUGUUUUGUAUCUGUUUUAUCGAUGGCAGUAGCUUUCCCAAGUGAAGACAUGACAGAGCUAAACAAAAUGGCUAGAAGAGUUCACAUUCCAUUCUUAGGUUUGGGUCCAGUUUGCAAUGGAUGUCCUGACCAUUAUUGUGAUGAUGAUCCAGCGAUAAUUCAUGGUUACUGCUGUGGGUGUGCUCGAUUUUAUGAUGCCCUUCCAAUACAAUGUAGUACAAGAAUCCAAUGCCCUAUGAAUGGUUACGGACUAUGCCAAGAUUACGAGUACAUGAUGCAUUGUUGCUGUUAAAACGAAUGCUCAUUUUGCUAGGAAAUUAAAUGUGUAAAUUCUCUGAUCAAAAGUGUAAUAAUAUCAUGUGCAAGUGCAGUGAAUGAUACAUUAUUACUAACUUCCGUCUGUAAUAUAUUUUUAUUUUGAAAUGUUGUAAUAAAUUACAUGAUACAUA